ACGCGUGGACACCGGUCGUACCGGCAGUUCCAGUCCGCAUCUCUCACGGCUUAGACGCUUGAUAAUGUUAUACGCGUAAUAAAAAUGAAUGACUCAACGGUCGCGAAUGACACUUGGCAGUGGUACAAGGAUGUGGUGCGCUCCUGGAUGGAGGACCCUGGGGUUGAGGAGCACCAGGGUCUUAAUAUCAGUGCCCUGAUGAUGGACCAGGCGUAUGUUGUUGCGGAGACUGACAGGAGUGUUGCUGUCUAUAGCGUGUCUGAUGAUUGCUUUAGGUGUCCGUUCGAGCUUCAAAAGUCAUUAUCAGCAGGCUUCGAUAGCUGGUGGGUUGUGGACACGGCCAGGCGAUCAACAUGGCGCGUCUACACAGACACGACAGAACAGUAUAUAAGUCUAAGGAAUACUACGGGAUUAUUAUGUCAGCUGAGACCGAAUUUGGGUGAAUUUGGUGUAUACGCCCUGAAUAUAACCGAUGGUGGAUGUGAUAUGCGAACCACGAAAGAACCAGUUGACAUUUAUAUGCCCUUGUUGUUGAUGAUGGGACUGCUUCUGGGAGUAUGGGUGGUAUAUGGAAUACUGAAGCUUAUCAUGUCGAGGGUAAGACGGUCUGCGAAAUUGCGAUAUGGAGACAAAGAGCUUGCUAUGCAGCAACGAUUGCGAGCUUUAGACACGUUUAGAGGAAUAGCAAUAGUAUUCAUGAUUUUCGUGAAUGACGGCGCUGGUGGAUAUUGGUGGCUGGAACAUGCCACUUGGAACGGCCUGGCUGCUGGAGACCUGGUCUUCCCUGCCUUCCUCUGGAUCAUGGGAGUGUGUGUGCCACUCUCGGUUAAGAGUGCCUUUGCUAAAGGCAUCCCGCGAUGGAAAAUUUUGAUCCACAUCUUUAGGCGUUCCAUAGUGAUGUUCCUAUUAGGCAUCUCGCUGAAUACAAUAUAUGGAUCAAACAUGCUAAGUCAGCUGCGGAUAUUUGGAGUGCUUCAACGACUGGCCGUGGCCUAUUUCAUCUCAGCAGGAUUCUAUGCUCUUACUGCCCCUAAAUACUACACACCACCAAGGGGAGCUUGCGGUCAGGCGUUAAAAGACGUGCUGUCGUGUGUAUGGUGUUGGAUUUUAGCUGGAUUACUAAUUGCUGUGCACAGUGCUAUUACCUUCAUUGUUCAUGACCCAGACUGUCCAGCAGGAUAUCUGGGACCUGGUGGCAAACACGAUGAUUGGGUGGCUCCAGAGUGUAGUGGUGGCGCUUCUGGAUACAUCGAUCGUCUCUUGCUGGGAGAUUCCCAUCUCUAUCAACACAGUGAUGCAAGAAGAGUCUAUGGAGGAAUUGUUACUGACCCUGAGGGAAUCUUAGGAUGCCUGACAUCUGCAAUCCAAGCGCUGCUAGGUGUGCAAGCAGGUGCUACAGUGUUGCUUCAAAGAUCACACAAGGCGCGCGUGUCUCGAUGGUUGGCUUGGGCCUUAGUCUUCGCCCUUGCAGCAGCUCUACUUGCCGGUUUCUCUAGGGAUUACGGAGUUGUGCCCAUUAAUAAAAACUUGUGGUCGAUAUCAUUCGUUCUAGCGACAUCAGCAGUAUCCCUAGCAUUGCUAAGCAUCUGCUACACGUUUACUGACGCGUGGCGCCUUUGGGCCGGAGGGCCUUUCAGAGCUCCGGGCCUCAAUGCAAUUGCCCUGUACGUGGGCCAUUCUAUCUGUGCCCAUCUCUUCCCUUUCCACUGGAGAAUCCCCGUUAUGAGAACACAUACGAUUCGUUUGGUGGAAGCCGUUUGGGGAACAGCGUUAUGGGUCAUCAUUGCUCAUAUGAUGGCGAAGAAAAAGAUUUUUAUUACUCUGUAGUGUUAUAAGUUUUCUGUUAUUCAUAAACUCUCAGACUAAUGUAUAACUCUUUAAGACAAUUUGACGUCUCGUUCUGUUUAAUUGUGACGAAAUGAGACACGAGUUUAGUUGAAACGUAGCCUUUAGACUGAUUCAGUUUUAUGAAUAAUCAGGAAUUUAAUAACGUUCGGCUAAGAGAAUCUUAUUGAAGUGUGGUUUAUCCUGCUUUGUUACUCUGUAAAUAACGCAGUAUUUACAGAGUAACAAACAGUACUCUGCAACUCCCAUAAAACUAUUGAUGAUUAAAAAAGUAAAUAGAUUCGUAAAGCAAGUUGGACAAAUUUGACAUAUUGUUAAUGCUCUAAACAAGAUUGGGAAUGUAUCUUGCUAUAUGAGAUUUAUAUUGCUACUAUCUAUCUUUUAGAUGCAGAUCAAACCCUUAGGGUCGAGAAUUAGCGCUAAGGAUGAUUUCCGUACGUCAGAAACGUAUUGGAUAAGUGGGUCUUACGGGGAAAAUUCCCGUUGCCCAUUUUUUUAUUAUAACGACGAAGAAAUGUCGAAAAACGAUUUUACUUUUACUUGCGAAGUUAAGGUAACCAUUUGGUCAUCUUAAAUAAAAUACGAAUAUAACAUAGAAUACAUUAAAAGUGUUAUAUUUGGUGCUGACAUGUGCCUUGAAAUAUGUACACAAUUUUAGAUAGAUGUAUGAUAUUUUUCAAUUAGGAAUCUACAAAAUUCUACAUUGAGAUUAAGAUUGUCAAAAGUAUUAAAAUUUUACUUUGGUCUGGCGUUGUAUA